GUUAAAAAGAUAUUGUUUAACCCCUCUUUUCUUUCGCACCAAAAAAAAUGACAUCCGUGCUUAACUAAAGUAGCCAAUAUUCCAAUAUACCCAAUUGCCGCUCUCAGGAAACCCAAGUGAUGGAAAAGAGUGAAGGCUUCCUGAGAUUGAUAUUUUCUUGGUCUCUUGAUGAUAUACUCAAUAAUGAUCUUUAUAAAGACAAGGUGAAGCAAAUUCCGACGACAUUCUUAUCAGUACAUUACUAUCUAAACUCAUUUAUUUUACCACUCAUUGAGGAAACUCGCACAGAUUUAUGCUCAAGCAUGAGAAUGGUGUCAGAAGCUCCAGCAUGUGAAAUAACAGACAUAGCUUUUUCUGAAAAUCACAACUCUCCACAUGAUUUGUUAUACAAGAUAGAAAUGAAUACAACAGCAGAUAGUGAUAGAAAAGGGGAUAUUUACGAGCCUGAGGUUGGACAGCUCGUUGCUUUGACUGGUAGGAGGCCAACAGGCUUUGACGAUUUGAACAAGCCUGGAAAUUCCUAUAUUAUUGCUUUAAUUAAGACGGUAAAGAAAAAAGACAAUGAAGAUGUUUAUGAUGCUCAAAUACUAGCCUCAAAGCCCAUUAAAUUGGAAAUGUACUUGCAAGAAGAUGACAGAUAUAUAUACGGUAUAUAUGGUUUUGCUGUCUAUCUUAUUAAUGUGACAACAAAUAUGCGUAUAUGGAAUACACUGAACUCUGAUCCAGAUGGUCCAGGCAUCCAUGUCAUCAAGCAACUGCUCCAACCUGAUUCUUCUGUUGGAGAAAACUGUGCUCAAUGUUUCUCUGGUGAAAGGUACACUAUUGAUGUUUCAAAUCUUGGUGCUGCUAUUCGCUCAUUUGAUUUGAACGAAGCUCAAGAAGAAAGUGUUUUAAGUUGUUUAGCUGCAAGGGAAUGCUGUCACAAAAGUACUGUAAAAUUGAUUUGGGGCCCUCCAGGGACAGGGAAAACAAAAACAGUUGGCUCAUUACUAUUUGCCCUCCUCAAACGAAAAUGUAGAACACUUGCUUGUGCCCCAACUAAUGUGGCCGUACUGGAAAUGACAUCUAGGUUUCUUAGGCUAGUGAUGGAUUCCAUUGAUUAUCACACUUAUGGUUUUGGAGACAUAGUAUUAUUUGGCAACAGAAAGCGGAUGAGUAUUGACAAUCGUGAUGAUCUUAUUGAUAUCUUUCUUGAUUACCGUGUAAAUAUACUUGCCAGGUGCUUUGCACCCUUGUCUGGUUGGAAACAUCAUUUAGAACUAGUGAUAUGGUUACUUGAAAACCCUGAAAAGCAGUAUAAUGAAUAUUUAGAGUGCGAGGAAAAAAAGGAUUAUGAGAUAGAUGAUGACAAUUUCUUGAAAGAAGAGAAUGAACUACUUGCAAUUUCAAAUCAACAAACAAAUCAAGAGAGAAAGAAUGCGUCCAAGGAUCCAAAAAUUUGUAAGCAAAAUGAGUGGAUGAAAAUAAUUAAUAAAACUUUAAGGGAAAACAGGUUGUGUUUUAAGGAGGGAAACAAAAGUAAUGAUAAGCAGGAGAAGAAGGAUUUUCUUUUCCGUGAGAACAAAAUAAAAAUAUUGACAUUUCUCGAGUUUGUCAAGAAAAAAUUGAAUUAUAUCAGGAGGCAGAUGAGAACAUUUGCUGUGGAUAUGUGUACUCACUUGCCAACUUCUUUUAUCUCAUUAAGAGUGGUGAAAAUUUUAUUUGAAUGUCUUGAUUGUCUUAAAGUCCUUGCAACGGUGCUAUCGGACAAUUCCAUUACUGAUCAAGAAUUUAUACAUGCCCUUGCUAUAUCUUAUGUUGAUGAAAGUAGUCUUAGUUGCUGUACUUGGCAGGCUAAGUUUUGUAUGACCAGGAAAGAAUGCCUUAAAAUGCUUAAAUCACUUCAAAAUUUGUUGAUUCUUCCUGAUUUUUUUGAUGAAAAUUCAAUCAGAAACUUUUGUCUCAGAAGAUCUCGCAUGAUUUUUUGUACUGUUUCAAGCUCUGCUAGAUUGCAUGUAGUAGGACUUGAUAGACUAGAAAUGUUAGUUAUAGAUGAAGCCGCUCAACUCAAAGAAUGUGAAUCAAAUAUACCUUUACAACUUCCUGGUAUUCGUCAUGUUGUACUUAUUGGAGACGAGAAACAGUUGCCAGCCCUAGUCAAAAGUGAGAUUUCUGGCAAAGCAGGAUUCGGGAGAAGUUUGUUUGAAAGGCUGGUUCUUUUGGGUCAUGAAAAACACCUUCUCAAUGUUCAAUAUAGAAUGCAUCCAUCCAUUAGCUUGUUUCCAAAUAUGGAAUUCUAUGACAAACAGAUUUUGGAUUCUCCAAGUGUCAAAGGGAGGAGCUAUGAGAAGCAUUUUCUACAUGGAGACAUGUUUAAGUUCUACUCUUUCAUAAAUGUUGCUUAUGGACAAGAUGAAUUUGGUGAAGGGAAUAGCCGAAAAAAUAUGGUGGAAGUAGCUGUGGUAUCUGAGAUUGUUCUCAACCUUUAUAAAGAAUCAGCUUCUAGAAAACAGACUGUUAGUGUCGGUGUUAUAUCACCAUAUAAAGCUCAAGUUGUUGCCAUACAAGAGGCUCUUGGAAAAAGGUUUGGUGGUGAUGUUGAUAAUGACUUUUCUGUGAAGGUUUCCACUGUUGAUGGUUUCCAAGGUGGCGAAGAGGAUGUGAUAAUAAUAUCCACUGUAAGAUAUAAUAACAUGGGAUCUGUGGGAUUUGUUUCUAAUUUUCAAAGAACUAAUGUUGCUUUAACAAGAGCAAGGUAUUGCCUUUGGAUAGUAGGUAAUGGUGCAACUUUGAUGAAUAGUUGUUCCGUUUGGGAGAGACUCAUCCUUGAUGCUAAGGCUCGAAGCUGUUAUUAUAAUGCUGAUGCGGAUGAGAGGUUAUCUCAUGUGAUUACAACUGCCAUGAUUGAGCUUGGUCAAGUUGGUGAUCUAUUGAAUUUGAAUUCUAUGCUCUUUAGGAAAGCAAGGUGGAAGGUAUGCUUCAAUCAAAGUUUUCUGAUCUCUAUGGCAAGAAUUAAGAGCAUUGAGAUUUGCAAGAAAAUAUGUUCUAUGCUGGUGCAACUUUCAAGUGGUUGGCGUCAGCCUCACCGGGAGAUAAAUAUUGGAUUUGUGGAUGAUACUUCUACCCAACUGUUGGAGCUGUAUAAGGUCAAUGAGUCACUUUAUCUUGCAUGGACCAUAGAUGUUCUUGAGGAGAACUCAAAUUAUGUUCAAGUUUUAAAGAUUUGGGAUGUUUUGCCAUUGUCUGAGGUAUCUAAUUUGGCAAGGGAUAUCAACAUCUCAUACAGGAGUUAUUCUGUUGAUAUUCUUAGAUGCUGCAAAAUCAGAUGUUCUGAAGGGAAAUUUGACAUUCCAAUGACAUGGUUUUCUAAUAUGAAUCAUGUAACCAGUUAUAAUCUUCCACAAGCUGAUCCCAUGCAGUUUCUGUGCAACCAAUUUGCUUUGCUUAGACUGAGGGACGGUUAAAUUAGAAUUGAUAGUAUAUUACUCUCACCUCCCUUGAAUUUUGUUUCUGUUGCACAAACCUCUCUCCUCUGUUUUGAAAAUAUAUGUACAUAUCAGUUUCAACCAGUCAGAAGUUUUUGGUAAGUUUUUCUUUUUUGCUCAUUUGGGACCUCAAUGUCAUGGCCAUGCCCUAUUUUAGAUUUUAUUUUUUGUUGUGGUAAUUCUAAAUUCUAAAGUAGGCCCUUCCUUUUGCUAAUGUAAAUGAGAUAUUGAUCUUGGUUUCUCAAUUCUCACUUGGUAUGUCCAUCUUAAAAACUUAAUAAGAAAUCAGCAUUAGGGUCUCUUACACUUUCCAAAGUAAGAAUAAUUUGUUUCUGAGCUUUCAUUUCCAAUUUGGUCUCUUCACGAGCUUUCUCAUGGUUUAUUUCAUUUUCGUUUUCUUCCUUUAUUGAUGCUGAGGCAAAUGAUGAUUCUUUCUUUUUCAUUUUUCAGAAACUUGGAUUUUGGAAUACCAUACCUUGCAGCUUUGGUUUGGAGAGAAAUACUGAAUUUUAAGUUUAGGAAAACGUAUGCUUUAACCUCAAGGUCAAUAGCAAUUGUGUAUACGUAUAGAAGAGUAUACAUACCCUCUAUGCAUACAACCAUAUGUUUAGUAAAAGAUAAUGCCUUUUUUGCGUUUGCCUUGGCUAUAUUUCUGAUAUGACAAGGAAGAAGCAGUAUGGUGCGUGAAACCUGUAUUUGCUUUGGUGCUUUUGGGGUAUCUUCUCAGUAUCAUAUCUUAUGCAAA